AUGCUACAUAUCCUCGUCUUCGUCCUGCUUCUCUCCCUAUCUGUCGUCUCUGAUGCCCUCAUCGACCGCCAUGCCCUUGUCACCCACUUCAACCCAAUCCGCACUGCGUCCUCGCCCAUCACACCGAUGCAAGUAGGCAAUGGCAAUUUCGCAUUCGGGGCUGAUAUAACCGGUCUACAAACCUUCCUACCAUACGGGAUCCUCACCUCCUGGGGGUGGAAGAACGACUCUUUCCCUCCCGGCAAGACCCAGGCCGACAUCGACAACUACAAAGGCACGAGCUGGGACAACCACGGUCGGCCAGUGCAGUACGAUUUUGGCGGCGACCCAGCCGUGCAACAGUGGCUUAUCUCCAACCCGAACCGCGUCAAUCUUGGUCGUGUAGGGCUCGUCUUCCUCGAUCCGGAGGGAGGAGGGGCGAGGAACGUGACUGAGCACGACCUGCAGGAGAAACGCCAGACGCUCGACCUCUGGACGGGCAAGAUCACUUCGCGAUUCACGUUUGAAGGUUCCGAGGUGGUUGUCACGACUGUGUCGUCUCAGAGUGCGAGCAGCAUCGGCAUCACGCUCUCCUCGCCCCUCCUUCCACAGGGCAAGCUAGGGCUAUUCGUCGACUUUCCAUGGAACGACGGCUCGGCCAAAUUUAGCGCGCCAUUCGUGGGGCGGCUUGACGUGCCCGAGCAGCAUACGACCACUUUCGAUCUCUCCAGCGCGGAUGGAAGAGGGAACGUCCAAGCUCGUAUCGCCCACACGCUCGACUCCUCUACCUUCCAUACCUCCAUUGCCGGUUCUCCUUUUACCAUCACACGCAAUUCGCCCUCUGCUCACCGGUACACCCUCCUCCGACAGAACCCCGCCUCGCAAUUCCAAGCUGUUGUCAACUUUUCGCCCUCGCCCCUUCCUGCUACCACCCGCCUACCGUCUGUUUCCUCUCUAACAUCCCAAUCAGACAAAACCUGGAUCGAUUAUUGGCAGAAGAGCGGUUUCGUGGAUGUAAUGGCCGGUUCGACAGAUGAAAGGGCGGAAGAGUUGCAGCGGAGGAUUGUCCUGUCGCGAUACUUGGUACGGGUUAAUAGCGCUGGGGACGGCCCACCUCAGGAGUCAGGACUUGUCAAUAACGGAUGGAAAGUUCCAUAUGGGUACGUUCCAUCUACCCGGAUUGCCAAGAAAAAGAAAAGUCACCAAACUCCCAACGUCUUGCCCAUAGAAAUGUACUUCUGGCACCUCGCACACUUCGCUCUCUGGUCCAACCCUUCCAUCCUCUCUUCCUCCUACAACACCUAUGCCUCGUUCCUCCCCUCCUCCCUCUCUCGCGCCCAAAUCCAACAAGGCUUCGCCUCCGGCGCUCGCUGGCCUAAGAUGACCGAUCCCUCUGGGCGCUCAACCCCGGGCGAGAUCAACAACCUACUCUUCUGGCAGCAACCCCACCCAAUCGUGUUCGCUUUAUACGAGUUGCGUGGUCUUCCCCCUAAUUCACCAAAAGAGCUCGAGCUGGAGGUGAGAAAGAAAUGGGCACCGAUCAUCAGGGCAACAGCGGACUUCAUGGCCUCCUUCGCCUUCUACAAUGCCUCAACGGGUGUAUACGACCUCGGCCCGCCGGUGCACGUCGUCUCGGAAGACACCGCACCCAUUUACACCCGCAACCCCGCCUUCGAGCUGGCAUACUGGCGCUUUGGACUCUCCAAUGCUCGGGCCUGGCUUCAUUCCAUCAACGAGAGCGUACCGUCUCUUUGGCAGGAGGUCGAGGAGAAUUUGGCGCCGUUGCCUGUAGGGAAGGAAGAUGGAUUGUAUGCGGUGUACGAGGGCAUUGAAGAGGAUUUCUGGGACAUGGAACAGUAUAUCAGUGACCACCCGGCGCUGGUUGGGCUCGUAGGAUGGCUUCCGCCAACCAGCGGUGUAGACCCAACGCGGGCGAGAUUGACGGCGGAGAAGGUGUGGGCGAAAUGGAAUGUGUCGAAUUGUUGGGGCUGGGACUUCCCAAUGCUCGCCCUCAACGCAGCUCGCAGCUCCCAACCCGCGCGCGCCGUGGACUUCCUCCUGCACCCCCUUUUCCCAUUCGACGACGUCGGCAUGCCAGUCGGCGGCGUGCGGGUUCCGACGCCUUAUUUCCCUGGUUCGGGGGCGCUGCUGUAUGCGGUAGGGAUGAUGGUUGGCGGGUGGGACGGGCUUGCGGACGACGUAGAUGACAGUGGCAAGGAUGGGUAUGCCAAGGCACCGGCGUUCCCGAAGGAGGGAUGGAAGGUGCGGGCAGAGGGAAUUCUUGGGGCGAUAUGA